AUGAUCGGCAGACGGCGGCUCGUGUUUCAUUUGUGCUUGAUUUCGUCGCUAUUGUUUCUGUCUUCAUCGGCGUUGCCAUCUGUUUCCGCCGCUGCCACCGCCGCGAAACGGCAUUACAUAGUCUACAUGGGCAGUCACAGCUCCAGUCACUCCAGUUCCGCCACCGAAGCUGAUCUUCACGCCGUCACCAGCUUCCAUCACGAUAUCCUCGCGACUUACCUCGGAGAUAUUGAAAGAGCAAGAGAGGCAAUCAGGUAUUCCUACAGCAGGCACAUCAAUGGCUUCACUGCAAUCCUCAACGAGGGAGAAGCUGCACAGAUCGCCAAGCAUCCUGGAGUGGUGUCCGUUUUCCCAGACCGUCGCAAGAAGCUCCAGACGACGCACUCAUGGAAUUUCAUGUUGAUGGAGAAUCAGUUUUCUGAUAAAGCAACCGGGAAGCUUGUCGCCCGGCCAUCGCCUCUCUGGAAGGCAGCUAAGUUCGGCCAAGAUGUCAUCAUCGCUAACAUCGACGGAGGUGUAUGGCCUGAAUCACAGAGCUUUAGUGACGAAGGCUAUGGUCCCGUUCCUUCCAGGUGGAAGGGCACCUGCGCCAAAGCUGGCAUCCGUUGCAACAGGAAGCUGAUCGGUGCUGGGUACUUCAACAAAGGAGCGCUGGCCGUCCCCACAGACGCCAAAGCCGGCGCCCACGCCGAUCUCUACAGCGUCCGCGACUUCGGCGGCCACGGCACUCACACCUUGUCCACCGCCGCCGGCAACUUCGUCCCCGGAGCAAACUUCUCCGGCGCCGCCCUGGGAGUCGCGAAAGGGGGCGCCCCUCGAGCCAGGGUCGCUUCCUACAAGACCUGUUUCAACGUCCCCGACUCGUGCCUCGAGUCCGACGUCCUCGCCGCGUUCGAGGCCGCCAUCUCCGACGGCGUCGACGUCCUGUCCGUCUCCCUCGGAGACGACAUCAACUACGACUACUUCGCCGACGGCCUCGCCAUCGGCGCCUUCCAUGCUGUCAGGGCCGGGAUCACGGUCGUCGCCGCUGGCGGCAACGUGGGACCGGGGCUCGGCACGGUGUCGAACCUCGCGCCGUGGAUGUUCACCGUCGCGGCCAGCACGAUGGACAGGUCGUUCGAGACGUACGCGGAACUCAGGAACGGGCUCCGGAUUAAGGGUGCCAGCAUGACAGAGGCCCUGCUCCCGGCGCGCAAAUUUUACCCUCUGAUUUCCGCCGCAGAAGCUGCAGGGCUACGUCUCAAUGCGACACGGGACGCCUUGCUCUGUAAGCCAGGCUCACUUGACCCUGCCAAGGUCAAAGGGAAGGUCGUGGCGUGUCUUCGUGGUGAUACGUCGCGACUUUCGAAAAGUAACGAGACCGCUAAGGCAGGAGCGGUCGGGAUGAUACUCUGCAACGACAAAUCGAACGGUGACGAAAUCUCUCCCGAUCCACAUUUCAUCCCGACCGUUCAGAUCGGGUACAAAGAUGGGUUGAAGGUUUUCAAGUAUAUCAAGGGUACGAAAAAUCCUGAGGCGUACAUUACAGGAACAUUUUCCAGGUUUGGCGAGAAACCUGCUCCAGCAGUGUGUGAUUUCUCUUCCAGGGGACCUAAUGUCCUGAACCCUGAAAUCAUGAAACCUGACGUUACAGCUCCAGGAGAUCAAAUACUGGCAGCAUUCUCCAUGAACGCCUCCAGCGAGGCAACAGGCCCUGACGACCCUAGGAGAUUUCCUUACCAAUUCGAGAGCGGCACAUCAAUGGCGACUCCCCACGUGGCAGGAAUCGUCGCCUUGAUCAAGGCAGUCCAUCCUCAUUGGAGCCCAUCCGCCAUCCGAUCUGCCAUCAUGACCACCGCGAGGACCAAGGACAAUACAGGGAACCGAAUGACCGAGGUCGGCGGUGGAAGAACCAACUCCUUUGCUUAUGGGUCGGGCCACGUCAGGCCGAACCAGGCUGCUAACCCGGGGCUCGUCUACGACCUGACCAACAACGAGUACUUGGAUUUCCUCUGUUCUCUAGGCUACAACACUUCCUCGAUAGCCACGUUCGAGCCGGGCCACAAAUGCUCCAACUCGACCCGCUGGAGCGUGUUCGAUUUCAACUACCCUUCGUUCUCUGUCCCCAAACUCGGGGCCGGACCGGUCACCAUGACCAGGAGGGUGAAGAAUGUGGGUCCUCCGGGGACCUACACUGCUCAGGUGAGGGAGCCCUAUGGGGUUGCGGUGAAGGUCGUGCCCGACGUGUUGAAGUUCGAGAAGUACGCGAGGAGAAGAGCUUCCGGAUCAUGGUGGCUGCGAAAUCGAAAGGUGCGGCUAAGGACUUUGAGUUCGGUGGACUCACUUGGACCGAUGGAGUUCACUACGUCAGGAGUCCGAUCUUCAUCACUGAUGAUCUGGAAAUUAGUCAGUGAUUGA